AUGUCGUUCGGUGCUUUCCAGAAUGCAUGGGAAGAUGCCUGUGCAUGGGAUGGAUUAAGGCCGAAGGUUCUGAUUCCCAAAGGAAAGUUUCUAGUUGGUCCUCUGGUUUUCAAAGGCCCAUGCAAAGGUAGAGAAAUGGUGGUACAGGUCAAAGGAUACGUGCUCUCGCAGGCAGAUCUUAAUGCUUAUAAGACACACGAUUGGAUCUCCUUCCGGUACAUUAAUGGCCUUCUGGUUACUGGAAAAGGCCUAUUUGAUGGCCAAGGCGCCCAUGCAUGGCCUCUGAAUAACUGCCUUCAUAGAAGGAGAUGCAAGCCUCUUCCAUGGGAAACUAAUACUGGCGGUUAUAUUUUCCAUCGGUUUUCUAACGGCUAUAACCGCCGUAAAAUCCCGACGAGAAAGACCGCAAGGAACCGCCGAAACUACCGGAAGAAGGACCACAGGAAAAUCGUUGGCGAUUACCGGCGGUCAAACCGCUACUUUUUUGACAGCCAGAUCGUCGGUAAUUACUAG